AUGGCCUUCAGCUUUGGUAGCCUCGGAGGAGCUGCCGGUGCAGGGGCGUCUGCAGCCGGCGGGAGUGGCGUCCAAAUGAGCCAGGGGUCUGAUCUUGAGCUGAUCCAGACGGAGGGCGUUGGAUUUCUCAGCGUUGCCGGCGACACAAAGCUGCAGCUGGUCUCGAAAUGGAGCGAGCCGCCUCUCCCGACCGCCUCCCUCAUCAGCGUGGCCUCGCACAAGGGCCUCGUUGCAGCAGCCGGUCCCGAUGCCGUCCGUAUUGCCACGACCGACUCGGUACGGAAAGCGCUCUCGGCCGAGGGCAGCGGUGACAGCGACGGCGAUAUCCGGCCGUUCACGCCGCAGGUGACGAUCCCGAUGCAGCUGCGCGUCUCGCAGCUGGCCUUCACCGCCGACGAGUCCUUUCUGGUCCUCUCGGCCGAGACAGGCGGUGGUCUGGCCGUCUACGACGUGCAGGCGCUGGCCCAGGGCAGCACAACACAGUCGGCCUUUGAGCUGUCCACCAGCGGCGAGACGGUGCGGUCGCUGGUGCCCAACCCCAUGGCCGACAGGGCCGAGCUGUGCGCGCUCGUCACGGUCAAGGGCAACCUGCUCAUGGCCGACCUGAAGCAGCGCUCGCUUCGCAGCGGCCUUGCCGGCCAGCCCGUCCUGCGCUCGCAGGUGAGCUGUGUGGCCUGGAGCAGCAAGGGCAAGCAGCUCGUCGCCGGCUGUGCCGACGGCUCCGUCUACCAGAUGACGCCCGACGGGCAGGAGAAGGCACACAUCCCCAAGCCGCCCAAGCUUGGCGACUACUACGCUGCCUCGAUUUCCUGGCUGGAGAACGACGUCUUUCUCGUCAUCCACAACCCGACGGCAGGGGGACAGCCGUCGGAAUACCACAUCAUCACGCGGAACACCAAGGCGGGAGCCGGUCACGAGCUCGUGUACCAGAAGCUCAACGAUCCGGUGGAGCCGUUUGGCGACAAAGCACCGCACCAUUCUAUACUUCGACUGCGCGACUUCCCUCCUAACCUGCAGGACUUAUUGUUGGUGGCAUCAACGGCAGUGGAAAACAUUGGGCUUCUGACGCGGUCCAAGGCUCCCCUGGCCAGUAAUGUGGCCGCAGACAAGAUCACCAACGUCUUUACGACGACAGAGCUGGCCGACGACUCGCGGCGUGCCCAGCUGCCAAUGUCAGCAGACUACAACGACACAUUUCCAGUGGGUGUGGCCCUGGACCUGUCCAGCAAAGAUAAAGUCCACAAGCCGAUUCCGACGGACGAGAUUGAGGAGUCCCCUGGACCGCUUCCGAGCCUUUGGGUCUUGAACAACGAAGGCGUCCUGGUGACAUGGUGGGUUGUGUACAACGACUCUAUCCGGCAGGGCACAACGUUCCCUGGAUUGGUAGCUGUUGAAGACGGUGCAGCCGCCGCACCAGCAUCUGCGUUCUCAGCCCCGAAGCCAGCAACGCCCUUUGGCAGCGCUGCCCUCACACAGACUACCACUCCGGCUCCGGCGCCUGCUUUUGGUACCAGCGUCGGCCUCGGGGCCAGCUCUUCGCCAUGGGGUCAGGCCAAGGCCGCGUCUGCCUCCACCAGCUCGCCAGCUCGAGCCCCGGCGUUUGGGGCGCCGUCAACCAUUGGCAGCGGAACGGCCUUUGGUGCGUCCGGUGGUCUGGGAACCAAAGCGUCAGUCUGGGGGUCUAGCGCAAAGACACCGGCGUCGCCCGCCUUUGGGCAGUCCGCCUUUGGGUCCAGCUCAGCCACGCCUACUGCGCCUUCCGGCGGAGGCUUUUCGGCCUUCGCCAACAAGACGGCAUCGCCUUUCACAAGCAUUGCUGCCUCUAGCGGAGGGGCCGCGAACAGCAGUCCGUUCUCGUCUUUUAAGAGCACGGGACAGAGCGGCUUCGCGUCUCUGGCAUCAGGCACCUCGGGCGGCGGCAGCGUCUUUGGGUCUCGGUCCGAGACGAAGCCGUUCGGGUCUACGACAUCAUUUGGGGCGCCUGCUGGCGCAAGCAGCACCACUGCUUUCCCCCCACCAGCAACCAAGGCCACCGGGUCGUCUGUGUUCGGCUCGUCACCGUUCGUCUUGGGAACGACCUUCAAAGCGGAUCCCGUAACGGCGAAUGCAAACGAGACCACACCGGCCAAGGCAGGAAGCCUGUUUGGUAGCGGUUUCGGAUUGUCGUUGACACAGGCAAGCAGCACACCUGUGACAGCAGAGAACACUAAAGAUGAAGACAUGGACGUAGCAGCGCCACCGGCAGCUGCCGAGGCUUCAUCGCCUGCAAAACCGGCGCCCAGCUACUUUGAGUCAACAACACCGACAACAACACCGGCCCCGAAUCGGUUCUUCAGUCCACCGGCAAGCACAAGCACGCCGUCAACGACGCUUUUCGGCAAUGCUGCCGGCACCACACCAAAGGCAGGGUUGUUCUCCCGACCGGGUGGGCUUUUUGGAACGCCGGGCGGUGCAAAAGCGGACGAUAGCACGGCGGCCGAUGCGGCGGAUAACGAGGCAACACCCAAAGCAAAGCAGCCGCAGGAGCAGAGCCUCCCCCUACCACCGGAUGGCACCAGUAAGGCCGCAUUCACCGUUGGCGACACCUCGUCCUCCUCCGACACGUCUAACAAAGCUGCAGAAGACGACGCCCCGUUGCCGCCGGACCCCUUUUCCAAGCCAAAGAAGGCAGCGGCAGAAGCCCGACAGGCCCCUGGUUUGUUUGGCAAGCCAGGGGCAGAGCCACCUCUACCACCUGACCCGUUUGCAAAGCCGAAAAAGUCGGAUUCGGAGGCAGCGGCCGAGGCGACCAGCUUGCCCGAGGAGGCACCAUUGCCGCCGGACUCUUUGUUUCGGACAUCCAAGAGCAGUGGCGCUGCCAAGGCAGACGCAGUGCCAGCAACACCGUUAGCGAACCCGUUCAGCUCGAUGAAAGCACCGGUGAAGUCGUCUGGGUCAUCGAUCUUUUCAUCCAACCCCCCUCCUAGCAACGACUCCAGCCUCCGGAAUCCGUUUGCGAACUUGCCGAAGCCACCGCUAUCGCCGACGACGGACGGGUCGGAAGAGGAGGAGCAGUCGGAAGAAGGGGAGGCCGAGGAGCAAAGUGCAGCUGGCGAGGAGGAAAAGGUAGAAGACGAUGACGAAGUAGAGGAUGACGAAGGAAGCGGGACGGACAUUGGGAAAGACGUGAGCCCGAGGAUGAACGAGCUGGUCAAGACGCCGAGCCAAGCGACCCACGGGUCCUUUACAUCGACGGGCCGAGACACCAGCGCGAACUCGACGUUUUCGCACAUCGACAUGCCACGGUCACAGAUCUUUGGCGACCGGGAGGCGCCGGCACUGCGGCCACCACGAGCACAGGAGGUCAGCCCACGAUCUCCCAGCCCACAGCGGCCAACGGCCAAGCCGCAGAGCGGGCUACCGACCGGGCGGCUGUUCCGCGACGACCCGCAGCGGUCAUUCAGUGCACCAGGGACAGCGUCGCAGUUACUGCGGGACACGUCGCGACAGACAGGCGGAGGACAGGCAAGUCAGGGAUUUGCUGGCAGCGGGAUGUUUGGCAGCCGACGGGUGGCACGAGAUCCGAACCUCGAGGAGCAGCGGAAAGCAGACGCACACCGGGCAGCAGAAUCGGCCAAGGCGCUCACGCCGGAAGACAGCUACGAGGCGAUGGACCGAGAGCUGGAGCAGGCAUUGGAGCCGACGUUGCAGCUGGCGGAAUGCGUGUACAUUCUGGACUCUGACAUUGGCGGAGGCGACUCUGUGGCAGCACAGACGGAGGCGGUGUACCGGGAUAUCAACCGGAUGGUGCUCGUGCUCCGGGUCAACAGCCGCAACAUUGACGCGUUCCUGCGCGGCAACUCGAUCGGGGGCCACAAGACAGAAGAGGACCUGGACGAGCCGGAAGGCUGGGUGCUGUGCGAUGUGGACGAUCUGGGAACGAUUGUGAGCCGGGAACUGCCGACGAAGCUGCGACAGUCACGGGUAAAGGGCGAGGAGGCGCUGCAGGCGGCAGCAGAGGCGCUGCUGAAGGAGGCCGGACAGCUGCGAGUGAUGCACGAGGAUCUGGCGCGGGUGGUGCAGCUGCAGGUCAGCCAAGACCAGGCGGCAGCAGCAAGAACACUGCCGCUGACAGCAGAGCAAGACGUGCAGCAGAACGAGCUGCGACGGGCAUUUACGAAGCUGAUGGGACAGCUGGUGGAGGCCGAGCAGCAGUUGGUGAUGCUGCGGACGCGAAUGAGCUCGCUGGCAGCCAACGGAGGAGGAGUGGGAGAGGGAGGAGGUGGCGUGGUACCGGCACUGCCGACAGUUGAUGCGGUGAUGCGAACGAUUGCCAAGAUGACGGCGAUGGCAGAGAAACGCAGCGGCGACAUUGACGUGUUGGAAGCACAAAUGCGCAAGCUGGGGCUGAACGGACGCAACGGACGGACCAACGGGCAGUCGAAUUCACAUGUGCAUGCGCAUUCGCCCUUUUCGACGCCACAGAAACAGUCGAAACGCGGCUCGGGCAUCUUCUCGACGCCCGGCAGUACGCAACGGGCGCUGUUCGCAUCGCCGGGAGCUGGAGGCACGCCGACGCGACGGAAGCUGAGCGGCUACACGGACAAGGAGAAGGAGGCGCUGCGACAGACACGGGCCAGCCGACAACGCACGCUCGAACGGCUGCAGCGGAUCCACGAGGCAGAAGGCCCUCGACACAUUGGGAUCGACUGA